UAGACGUAACGCUACGCACAACUUCUGCAUCACCACGGGGAAUGUCUCCAGUCAAAAGUGGCUAUGGCGUGAUGAAGAUGCAACGGAGGGUUCGCAUUGCGCCAUCGUGGGAGGCGACGGUCCGCCCGACGGCCCUUGAACGUGCCCUCCUCACAUCUUCACAUCCACAGACUCAAAAGCAGGCCGUCCGCAUGCGACUGCGCCGAAUUUCUCCACCCAGCACGCCCACACCACGCCCGUCUACACUUGAACCGCCCAACGUCGCUCAGGUCUUGUCGCAUCGCUUACCGGAACCUUGUCCCGAGAGCAGAGACCCUUGGAUCGAGCUCGCACGCGAUUUUACCCCAGAAUCUCGACACGACCGCCCGCUUCAUGAUUACGCCCUGCUUGGCUACCGCGAGUGCACCUUGCAACUGAGCCCUUGUGCAAUCCUGCCGCCAUAUCCCCCAAGAUGGCGUCAAACAUCACCCACACUGUCGAAGCCGUCGCCGUCGAUCGCAAUCGCGCGCCCGCUCUCUCCAAUACCCCCAGACGCAGGCGCAUGUCCUGGCGCACCCAGCUGCCGCCCUCCGACCACGCCACGGCUACUUCUACCGACCCCCAUACCGCCCUAAUGCAUGGCCACGACCACGAGCGCCUGUCGGAGCGGACCAGACACUUGCACCGAGACAGCGUCGACGAUGUCGAAGAAGCCCUCGCAGCAAAGUCCAAGAAGAUUGAGAGGAUGAUCCCGCCCUAUCUCGCCCAGCACAUACCACAGCAGUACAAUCCUCUCGGGGGUAACAGAGACGGCACAGAUGCCCCGCUCCUCAAUGCGAAUACAAAGUACUGCUACCGCCACCGCCCAGACCUGCUGUGUCGCCGACAGGCAGACGAGCCCUCCAUGGAGCAGCUGCAAGACGAGCUUGGGAGGGAGUCACAGACAGAUCAGCAGAGCAUCGCCAACGUCUGGUCGCUCUUCUCCGCCGCCCCCUCGCGCCACCGCAACCUCAUGCUGCAGGGCAUCCUCGCCCAAUGCUGCUUCCCCCAGCUCUCCUUCGUCUCGUCGUCCGUCCGCAAUCUCAUCAAGAUCGACUUCCUCGCCGCACUGCCCACCGAGCUGGGCUUCAAGAUUCUCUGCUACCUCGACACCACCUCACUAUGCAAAGCCUCUCAGGUCAGUCGAAGAUGGAGACAGCUGGCCGACGACGACGUUGUUUGGCACAAGAUGUGUGAGCAGCACAUUGACAGGAAAUGCACAAAGUGUGGGUGGGGGCUGCCAUUGCUGGACCAGCGUCGGUUGCGAAUCGAGAAGAGGAGGAUACAGCUGCGAGCCUCCGGACGGGGUCUGAACCAAUGGUCACCAGAUAUCACGCCCGCUCCAGAAACCCAGGAACCCUCCACAGCCCUUGUUCACCGUGCGUCCAGUACGACAGAACCAUCGACUGGUUCCAAGCGUGCCGCUGUAGAAGAACCAUCUUCCCCAGAGGCUCCGAUUAAAAGGCCUUGCAGUGACGUGGUUCGAGACCAAUCGGCAUCCUACUUCGACGAGCCCAAAAAGAGACCGUGGAAGGACGUCUACAAGGACCGCUUCAGAGUCGGCACCAACUGGAAGUACGGACGUUACUCGACCAGAAUCAUCAAAGGACACACCAACGGCGUCAUGUGCCUGCAAUUCGACGACCGCAUCCUCAUGACUGGAUCCUACGACGCCACUGUCAAGGUCUGGGACAUCAACACUGGCAAAGAGAUCCGAACCAUUACCGGCCACACACAGGGCAUCCGCUGUUUGCAAUUCGACGACACCAAACUCAUCACAGGAUCCCUGGACAACACGAUCAAAGUAUGGAACUGGCGGACAGGCGAGCUCAUCCGCACGCUAACCGGCCACUCCCAAGGCGUCAUCGGCCUACACAUGGCCGACAAGCUCCUCGCCUCGGGCUCAUCAGACGACACCAUCAUGGUCCACGACUUCAACAACUACCAACGCAUCACCCUCCGCGGCCACCUCGACUGGGUCAACAGCGUGAAAAUCGACCUCCCCUCACGCACCCUCUUCUCCGCCUCGGACGACAUGACAGUCAAGCUCUGGGACCUCGACACCCACCAGUGCAUUAAAACCUACGAGGGCCACGUCGGCCAGGUCCAACAAGUCCUGCCCCUCCCGCAUGAAUUCGAAAUCGACGAGGACGACUUUGUUGCUAAUGCGAAUAACGAUACUUCUGAUACCGCGUCCCUCGCUUCUGAUACUCCCCUCCCUACCCCCGCUAUCCUUGACGAAAACCCCCUCUUCCCUAACGACCCCACGCGUCCUGCGCCCCCGUCGUAUAUGCUCACCGGCUCCCUCGACGGCACGAUCCGCCUCUGGCAUGUGCCGAGUGGGCGCUGCGUGCACCGCUUCUUCGGCCACGUGGAGGGCAUAUGGAGUCUGGCUGCCGACUCACUUCGCCUGGUUAGUGGCGCGGAGGACAAGACGAUCAAGAUCUGGGACCCGCGGACGGGGAAACACGAGCGUACGCUAACGGGGCAUACCGGGCCGGUUACGUGUGUGGGGCUCAGCGAUGAAAGGGUCACGUACGGACGGACGGACGGACAGACAGACAGAGAGGGGGGAGACAACGUUGAAACUCGACUACACCACACUGUUUUUUCUACAAAGUACGACGACGACGACGACGGAAUCACACUGCUCUUCUACCAAGAACGGCGAAAUAUCUAUGUCUAUGGCUACGGCACAUCCUCGCUCUUGCUCGUCGUCCAUGUCGUCCAUGUCUUCUACGUCUUUGAGCGUGUCGUCAUCUUCGACUAUGAGACACACACGCCCCUCACCCUCAGUCCGGCUCGCGGAUGCGUGUGUACUGUGUUCGGAGCGUGAGGCGGAGUUGCUGUUUUUGAUGGGGUUUAAGAUUGGGAGGUUUGGGGGGUUGGGGUAGGGAUUUGAGGAGAUGGGCAGGGGGAUGGGAUGGGAUAAGCGUGUGUUUUGGUAGUGGUUUGGCAGAGUGGUCUUAUGUUUAGGAGUCUAGGAGGUGUUUACUGGCGUGGGUUUCUUCAGGGUUGGUGUUUUCAGGGUAAUAAGAGGGAGGCGACAUCUCGGGGAAAAAGAUCGUUGCCUACAUGUCUUGCGCAAAUGGUUGGGGUUUAGGUUAUCGUCAAGACAAAAGCCGAAGAGAAAGAACUUUCAUUAGAACAACGCCAACUAUACUGUCUGCACCAAAACCAAAUACCAUACCUAUCCC